GGGCGCGGAGGAUGAAGUGGAGCGUCCGCGGGGCCUGCGCCGCGCUCUCCUCCUGCCUCCUGCUCGCCUGCGCGCUCAGCGCCGCCGCCGUCGGCCUCAAGUGCUUCUCGCUGGGCUCGGAGCUGCGCGGGGAGCCGUUCCGCCUGGGGGCCGCCGCCGGCGCCUUCUACUCGGGGCUGCUGCUGGCCGCCGGCCUCUCGCUGCUUGGCGCCGCCCUGCUCUGCUGCGGGCCCCGGGAAGCGCCCCUCGCGGGGCCGGAGCCGGGCCCGGGUCUGGGGGUCCCCGCGGCCUCCGCGGGAGCUGCCGAGGCCGCGCCGGGUGAGCCGGGGGCCGCGGCCGGGGCCCCGGGCCCGGUGAGCAGCCAGAACCUGCUCCUGCUCGGCGUCCUCGUCUUCAUGCUCGGGGUCCUCAGCGCCUUCGCGGGCGCAGUGAUCGACGGCGACACGGUGUCGCUGGUAGAGCGCAAGUACUCGCACUACUGCCUGCCCCCGCGGGCGUCCGGCUCGGCCCCACCCGGCGCGGCCCCGGGUUCGGCCCCCGGCGCGGCCCCCGGCGCCCCGCGUUCCCGCAGCACCCUGGACAGCGCCACGUCCGCCAAGUGCCGGCAGCUCAAGGACUACCAGCGCGGCCUGGUGCUCUCCACCGUCUUCAACUCGCUCGAGUGCCUGCUGGGCCUGCUCAGCCUCCUGCUGGUCAAGAACUACCGGUCGUCUCAGGCCCGGCGCGGUCGGCGCGGACGGCGGAGGGGAGGCCGGGCCCUGGCGCGGCCCCGCGGUGGCUCCGGGCUCCGCGCGCAGCCGCCCGCCUCUCGGGCGCGCCGGGGCCGGAGGGGCCGGCGGGGGCGGCGGCUGCAGCCGCGGCCGAGCGAGGCCUCCAUCCUGUCCCCGGAGGACUCGGACCUGGCCGCCCCCGGGGACUGCGCGGGCUUCGCGGCGCACCACGCGGUCUCCUACAUCAACGUGGGCGUCCUCCACGCGCUGGACGAGGCGGGCGCGGAGGUGCGCUGCGGGGGGCACCCGUCGGUGGAGCUGCCGGGGUACGCGCCCUCGGACCCCGACCUCAACGCCUCUUACCCCUACUGCUGCCGGCCGCCCUGCGAGACGCCGCGGCCCUGGGAGACCAGCCGGGCGGCCUGCUGAGCCCGCGGGACGGACCCCCACCCCGCGCCCCGCUCAGGACCCCCGCGGAGAGGGAGGACGGGCGGCGGGGCGGGGGCCCGGGCCAGGCCUCAGGGUCGCCGCCUCUUCCACGUAGCCCCUCUGCGGGGCUCCGUGACCACAGGAGGGGGUCCCUGGUGUGACCAUUUCUGUAUCGGGGAGGUUUCUCUUCUUAUCUGUGUCGUUCAUAUCUGGACUCCAUUUCCAAGUUUACAAUAAAUGUUUGGGCUUGACUGGCCCGACUGCACUUUUCUUGGCAAGUCCAAACCCUGGGGCGGCUCUGCCUGGUGGUCCGAGGCGAGGGGGACGGAGCGAGCGCCCGCCCCGGGACGGCGACUUCCCGCGGAGGAAGAGCGCGCCGCCGACAGGACAGAGACGCAAAGCAGCUGGUAAUUCAGGAAAGAAGAAGUGAAAACACCCAACAGCAACACUUUGUACACGGAUGUGCCUGCUUUUGUUGAUACUUUCUUACUGUAAAGCUCUCCAUAAACAGUGAAAAUGUUUGGUAAAUUUAUUGCAAUUUAAAAUUGGUGAGUUCCUUUAUUAAAUUAAUGGCUAUGUUAUUGGAGAUUAUGCAUCGAAUUGGAAUUAGAGGAUGUCUACACACAAGUCAGAGUGGGGGGAAAUGGUUGCAUUUGGUCGGACAAAUGUUGAGUUGUUUGAACAGUUGUAUUCUGCUAGCUAGUUGACUGGAUCCAACCUCUUUCUGAAGCUAACUUUCUGUGUGUGCAGAGACACUGAUGCCACGUCCCAUACAGUUCUCUUUUUGGAAACUGGUUGUGUGGUUUCGACUGCAAAGCAGAGCUUAUUUUUGGUUAAUACAUAUGAACAAUCUAAUCCUAUUUUGGAAAAUCAGUCAUAGUUUUUCUGGCAUAGAUAAUUUUCUUGGUAACUCAUUAAUCUGGUAAUUUUGAGUAUGAUAGCCUUUCAUUUAAAAUGUACCCCAUAAUAGCCUUAA